AUGUUACCACUGCACACAGAGAGAGAAACAGAGACAGAAGGAGAAACAGAGACAGAGACAGAGACAGAGACAGAGACAGAGACAGAGACAGAGACAGAGACAGAGACAGAGACAGAGACAGAGACAGAGACAGAGACAGAGACGCACACACAUUCACAAAGAGAGAGGAGAGAGCGGUUGUUCCAUUUCUUGUGGUACAACAGGACCGCGUCGCUUCGUCUCGUCGCAGCGCGCGGGUCAGUGGAGGUUGACCAGGAGUUGGCGCGCUUGCGCAAACAGCAGGCAGAGUUGCAGCGCCGCCGCGAAGCUCGCCAGGCUGCACUCAAGGCGAGCAGUGCCGCUACGACCACUAGCACCGCUGCCAAAGGCGUUGCGUCAGAAAGCACGGCCACACGCAGUGCUACUCGCGACGAUACUCGUUCACGCCGCACUGUUCAAGGCAAUUCAUCCUCUGACCGUGCCGACACAACUGCAACUACAAAGCCUCCCAGUGGGGAGCCAAGCAGCACCGCAGACUCAACGACCCCUGCCGCGGAGACCAAAACCACCGCGUCACCCCGGGACACCCAGGAUGAGGAGCUGGCUCGAGCGACCGAGCAGAAGCGCAAAGAAGCGGACGAGCGACGCGCCAAUCUUGAACGUCAGCUUGCCGAGGAGCAAGCCGCACUUGAGCGCAAACGAGCCCUCCUGGCUCGCCGACACGAGCGCCGAGAUGCGCUUCAACAAACCAACGACUCGCCGACACGCCCGCCCCAGUCGCUCACUCUCGAGCGCUCCGCGUCGGCCGAUGCUGCCAAAGACCGCGAAGAGGAGGAUCCAGGAGAGUCAACGCCAUCUCCUCGUCAAAAGCGGGUUACUUUCGCCGAGAUCCUGGUCGAGGAGAACCUUUUCACGCCGCCAAGUAGCCACGAAGCUUCGAUGAUUAGCGUGUCCGAUGGGUCGGAUCGCAACUUCAGCUCACCGCGUGCUACCACAGGCCAGUCCGCCGGGGCCACCCCUCUCAAGGCCGUCACCUCCGUUUCUGCCUCACAUCGCGAGCCCUCCAGCCUGGAUGGUCACAGCACCCCUCAAACCACGGCUUCCAGUUCCAAAACCGCCGACAACAGCAAUGACCCGGAUGACGAUGACCUGGAUGCCCUUUUUGCCGCAGCGGAGCAAGAACUCCACGGGAAGUCUAGCCGUCAGCUGAAUUUGGAAGACAUGUUAGAUGACGCAGCGCUUGACGAGACUUCCAUACAUACAACGUCUACUCCCACCAAGAGUCACUCUUCGCAGGACCGGGCGGUGGAUGAGGAUGAAGACGAUGGCUUGGACCCAAGUCAAGCCGUGCGCAGUCGUCUUAACCCCGUCACGACGAAGAGCUCUGGUGCCUCAUCAGCCCCAAGCAGCCAGGACUGGCGGACUGAAGUGGAAACGAAUAAGGAGAAGCAGCGCAGUGCCAAAGUUCAAGCCAAAGCUGAUUUGGAGGCGGCUGUGGCACACAUUCAAGAUCCAGCCGAGCGACGCCGGGCCAUACGUGAGCAAAAGCGUAAUCAAAAGCGCCAAGAAGUGGGCCGUGACGCAGAAAAAUUGCAAAAGAGCGAGGCAAGCGUCCUCAGCCGGGCUCACAAUCUAGAUGAAGUGAUUCUCAAGGAGGGGGGUCCACAAUUACCACACACGCCAGAGAAGAUCUCAAUGGUGUCCGGUAGUCCCGAGACGCACCGUGCCCAUGUUGGCCGCAAGGUCAAACGCCACCUCUCUGCCGAGCAGCGACUGCGCUUGGAGGUUGAUGAACUGUUGAAGGAGAUGGACGACGAAAUUCAUGAUGAAGCAGCAGAAGCGGCUCUGCUGGAGGGUAUCUUCGACGAUGUAAUUCCUGAGGAGGAAGACACGCCCGUGGAGCGUCUGCAUCAGGUUCUCAAGGACGGGCAAGAACAUCUUGUUGAUCCACGCGCCUCGCCACGGUCUCGCGCCAGCCACGAAGCUAGCCCGUCGCCCCCGCGCUCUGCUGACACAAAGCCCAGGCCACCCAUCUCCGAUGACGUUGGGGCGAGCCCCACCCUGAGUCGCACACAGCAUGAACCACCCACCGUCCCCAAAGCCACGCCGGUGGAUGUUGAUCAGCAAGGUGGCGUGCCCGACAAGGUUGCGGGUUCUCAGCCAACCCGAGGUGCCUCAAGCACUAAACUGGAGGCGGUUUCGACCUCCAAACCGGCCCUAUCCGCGACUAGAGAGCGAGCGAGUGAUGAUGAUUCUCCCCUCCAACGGGACGCGCCUGCCAAGCAGAACAGACCUGCCGUUCUCAAUGAGGCAGAAUCAGAGCUGGCAGCUUUGGAAGCACGGAGGUUGGCUCGUGCCGAGGCACGGGCUGCACGCCGUCGCGCCGCCGAAGCGGGGACGAACGCAGCGUCCGAUCAAGCAGCCAACUCUUCAGCGCCUGCUUCAGCCUCCAAUGUCGUGCGAGGUUCAGCAAAAUCUGCCUCCCCGGCCGCCUCGGCCCGUACCCCGAAUCAGAACAGCGCACGUGAGAGCGAUGCCAAGCACGCCACCGUCCGUGACGCGCCUGUGAAUCAGACUGCACACUCCAGAGAACGCCAGGCUGACCGCGCAUCAGCGCCCCACCACGCUCGAACCCUCCACCUGAAUGAGAGUACCACCGAUGCUACGGACACGGAUGAUGCCCCGAGUAUAGACAGCAGCGAUUUUGAUGCCAUCAGCUCAGCUGGUGAGCGAAAUCGCUUGGACAGCGGCGCUGCCAUGUUGAAACGAAAAAUGCUGCGCAACCGCGCGCAAAAAGUGAAGCCACCAUCGCAUCAAGCCCGACAUCAGUUGGCCUCUGACUCUAUGUUUGGUGAGUCAAGCACAGAUGUGGAACCGGAACCGAGCACCAGUGCCGGCAAGAAAAGUGCCUCUCCGCCCGUGGCCGCCAAGCCACGUGGCGAGGCAACAGCCGGGGUUAUUGACCCGCGUAAGCUUUUGCCACGAGAGAGCUAUGAUCGAAGCUCGCGUUCCAACACCGUCAGUGAUCCGACUGGUUCUCGGCGCGCCCAGCGCUUGGCCGAGUCGGCAGCCAAGGCCCGUGGCAUUCAGCACGACUCGGGGGCACAUUCAUUGGCCUUUAUGAUCAACCGCAAAGGAGGAAUCACGGGUGCAGAGGGUCUGCGCAAGACCGGCUUGGACGUCACUCGCAGCUCCGGCUCCAUCAGUCAGCGCCCGGGCCGUGGGUCCACGUGCACCAUUUAUCGCCUCAAAGGCCGGCGCACCAUCACGUGCACCGAGUGCCAGAUCAAGGAUGAAGUCGAGUUGCAUGAUGGUGAUGCUUACGUCAUUGACACAGGCGAUCGCAUCUUUGUGUGGAAAGGCCUGGCGUGCAAUAAACUCGAGUCGGCGCAGGCACAAGCCCUGGCCAUUGAUGUGCGCGACUCAGAGCGCAGUGGCCGUGCUGAAAUGAUUAUGGUAUCGCCCAGCGAGCUCACGGUGGCCGAUGGACAUGGCGGCUCGACCAGCGGUGUUGAGAAAGACUGCUACGAGGCACUCUUGAGUGCGGCAGGCAGCUCUCGCGUUGUGCUGACGGCCAGCGGAGCCGACGAGGCCGACGUGGACGGCGAUUUUGAGGAGAGCAUUGAUACCGCGACGGUCAUUUCGGAAUUGAUGCUUGAGGGUGAGACAGUGGUCGCUUUGGAAUUGGCGCGACGCCGCAGCCACUUGGUGCGAAGCAUGCUGAAGACGGAUCGGUGCUACAUGGUUACAUGUCCCGGAGUGGUAUAUGUGUGGACAGGCCGCCAGGCGCAUGGAAGCCUCAAGCUAGCCGCCAAAGCGCACGGCAAGGCCGAGGCAGGCAAGCAAGAUUUUCAUUAUCGCGCCGCGGUCCAGGGGAUUGAGCCGGCUGCAUUCAAGUUUCUUUUCAUCAAAUGGGACACUGGCAUUGACCUGGGCGUACGCGAGCAGCGCAAUGCCCCACCACUCGAGAGCCAAGCUUUUCGAGCUCGGGCCCUCACUGCCAGUGGCGUGCUUCCCGCUCGCCCAGCCGCUUUUGAGAAUGUCCGAAAGACGCUGGAUCCUCACAAGGCGGUUAAUUCAAAUAACGAGGUGUACGCGUGGCGCGUCUUGCGCGACGGACUUGUCAAGAAUGACUUGCCCGAGGGCGUGGCUCGUGACAAGCUCGAAUACUUCUUGCGCGAAGAGGAUUUUGAACGAGCGCUGGGCUGCACCAAGACCGCUUUUUUCGCCUUGCCAGCAUGGCGUCAGAAGAAUCUGAAGGCAAAAGCUGGGCUGAUCUAG